UUUUAGGUUAGACUACUUGUGAUUUGGAACUUUUGCUUAUUAUUUGUAUUGAGUUGUCUAUUUUAAUAAUUAUAUUAUAACAUUAUUAACAGUUAGUUACAUAUAUUUUAAUUUCCUUUAUUAUAAUAAUAUUUAUGAAGUUACUUCAAUUAUAUUAGUCAUAUUUAUUCCAUUGGAACACUUGAUCAACAACACUCUCGAUGCAGCUAUUCUGUGGUAAAGCAAUCAAAGUCUUGGCCCAAUCUUCUGUGGUCAAGAAUUUGUCUGUCAGAAGAAUGUGCUCCAAAAAACCUGUUCUAUGUGAAGUGAUCUGCGACAAGGGGAUAAUCACUCUCAGUAGGCCGGAGAGACUCAACUCAAUGAACGAUGAAAUGGUAGAGAUCAUUGGAGAUACCCUGGCUGAAUGGAAGAAUAAGGUGUCGAUGGUGAUAAUCAAAGGCGAGGGGAGGGCGUUCUGCGCGGGAGGGGAUGUAGUCGGUCUGACCCGCAACGGAGUGGACCGCUGUCACGAACAGACCACCUUCUUCAAGAAGGAGUACCGCAUGAACUACCUGGUGGGCUCAUUCAGCGCGCCAUACGUGGCGCUGAUCGACGGCAUAGUGAUGGGUGGCGGGGUGGGGGCAUCGGUGCAUGGACCUGUGCGCAUUGCUACCGAGAAGACCCUCUUCGCCAUGCCCGAGACAGCCAUCGGCCUCUUCCCCGAUGUGGGGGUCAGUCACGUGUUAGCACGCAUGCCGCACCAUCUCGGAUUCUAUCUAG